GUGUCUCGUGUCCCACUGCGGCCUUCCGUCUCGAGCGCGGAGCGUGGAAGUCGUUCCCUCCCGGUUACUGGAGGCGGGAGAGGAGAGGAAUUAAAUCGUAAACAACCGGUGUUGUAAUGACACCGCUAAAUCAGACCUAAAACAAACUAAUUCGGCCCGCCAUUUCGCUAUCUGCCAGAAAGACUGUUAAUCUGGUGCCUAAUGGAAGCAGAUGGGUUCGUGAGAAGACGGCGGAUGACAGCAGAGCCAGGAGGCGGGGAACCCGGUGUAGCGGGAGCUUCAGCCGAGGCGGAGAUCCGAUGGCUCGGCAGCAGGUUCCUGGGGGUUUCCGAGGGCUUUGUUGGAAGUUUGUCACCGCGGAUAGGAGGCGAAAGUGAGAUACAGACUGUGCAGAUCCAUGGAUCCACUGACAGCGUGGACUCUUCGGAACCGGACUAUGAGGGGUUGCCCCAGAGCGCGUCCACCAGCACCCACAUGUUAGCGGGGUCUGUGGCAGGAAUUAUGGAACACUGCUUGAUGUUUCCCAUAGACUGUGUGAAGACGCGCAUGCAGAGUCUGCAGCCUGAGCCGGCAGCACGCUAUCGGAACGUUCUGGAGGCGCUGGGGCGGAUCGUGCGGACGGAGGGGGUGUGGCGGCCGAUGCGAGGCCUCAACGCCACGGCGAUAGGGGCGGGGCCUGCGCAUGCCCUCUACUUUGCCUGCUACGAGAAACUCAAGAAAAGUCUGAGUGAUGUCAUCCACCCUGGAGCCAACAGCCACCUCGCCAAUGGAGCAGCAGGAUGUGUAGCCACAUUGCUUCACGAUGCGGUCAUGAACCCGGCUGAAGUGGUGAAGCAGCGCAUGCAGAUGUACAACUCCCCGUACCGGGGCGUGAGCGAGUGUGUGCGCGCGGUGUGGCAUCGUGAGGGCGCCAGCGCCUUCUACCGCAGCUACCCGACGCAGCUGACCAUGAACGUGCCGUUCCAGGCGCUGCACUUUGUGGCGUACGAGUGGCUGCAGGAGCGCCUCAACCCCCACAGACUCUACCACCCGGGCUCGCACAUGCUCAGUGGCGCCCUCGCCGGGGCGCUCGCGGCCGCCGCAACCACGCCGCUCGACGUCUGCAAGACCCUGCUCAACACGCAGGAGGCCGUGGUGCUGGGCGCCGCUCACACACACACGCACACGCACACACACACACACAUCUCUGGCCUGGCGCAGGCCUUCCGCACCGUCUACCGGCUGGGAGGGCCGUCGGCCUACUUCAAGGGCGUCCAGGCGCGGGUCAUCUACCAGAUGCCGUCCACCGCCAUCAGCUGGUCCGGUCUGAGUUCUUCUGGCAUGCAUCACCAAGCCAGCAGGAUAAGCGCCCGUGGCAACCAGCUAGGAGAUAUUAGCUUCCGCCCUGCGGAGCCUGAGCUCGUCUCAACUCUCUCCCUCUGA